AUGUCCACGCUCUCGCCAUCGGACUACCCAGCUUACGCUGCCAACAUCUCCAACAAGACACAAGACCCUCUUGACUGGGGGUUGCGGCCAGCAUUGUUAAUUCUCGACGUUAGUAAGGCCUACUUUUCCGAGGCUUCACCUCUCAGCCUAUUAUCUUCAACAUGUGGGACAGCUGCUACUCUACCUGCCAAUGUUUCACGAUUGAUCAAUGCUGCGCGUUCUGGUGAAUGCCCAGUGAUUUGGGCUCGCACAUUGUUUACAAACACUAAGCUACAUGAUGCUGGAAUUUGGACUCGGAAAAUGCCUCGACAAUUACUACAGGGAUUCAGCAGCAAAAAUGAGGAUGGGCUGCAUGAGUUCCUUGAGGGAAUGACACCUUCCGCUGGAAGUGACGGUGAUUCACAGAAAAGACUGGCUGACUUGGUAAUUGAGAAGAAAUUCGUGAGCGCAUUUUUUGGUACGAACUUAGCAGGACAGUUGGCCAUGAUCGGUGUUGAUACGAUUGUGUUCUGUGGAGCAAGAACUGGGGGAGAGAUCCGACAGAGUAUACUCGAUGCCCAGGGAUUGGGAUUUCGAGGAAUCGUCGCUGCAGAUGCAUGCGCAGACACGUGCAAGGAAACUCAUUUCGCAAAUUUGUUCGACAUACAGGCUAAAAUGGGAGACGUCCUCACAACAGACAUGGCAAUUGAAGGUUUAAGCAAGGGAUGGUUAUGGCAAGCAUCAAAUUAGUAGUGUAUUAAUAAAAUACUUCAUGGCUUUCAUAUGAAGAAUCUCCACUUUGCAACUUCCUGAGGAUUUUCGUUUUGUCUUUCUCCAGUUCCAGUGUCAAUUGGACGUUUUGAAAGGAUUUUGUAAAUAUCUCUCUCUCUUGCUAAAGCAAUGCGAACGAGGCACAUCAAACCUGCAGAGGUGGAAGUAGUCUUGCGUGGUUUUAAUUCACUCCAUUUGAAAUCCAGAUAACUCAAUGGAGGCCAGCGUUUCUUUG